AUGGGUAGGUUCGGUUCCCAGACCAGUACCUAUAACAGGCUGGUGGCUAUUUUUGUCGCCAUUGGGUCUAUGACAUAUGGGUAUUGCACAUCGGUUAUAUCCAGUACGAUCGGCCAGCCGGGGUGGUAUACAUACUUCAGUCUCCCGGCUGACGGAGAACCGGGAUAUGCCACGAUAACUACUCCUGCAAUCUCAACAGCCAACGGUGUAUUCAGUGCCGGCGGUGCUGUUGGUACUCUCUUUAUAAUGUGGUCCUGUGAAUUCUUUGGUCGCAAGGCUAACAUUCAGUUCGGUGCCUUCUUUUCGCUAUUUGGAGGAGCUCUUCAGGCUGGCUCCAAUUCUUUGCCUAUGUUUCAAGCUGGACGGUUCAUAUGCGGUCUGGGAAUCGGUAUUCUGGUGACUGUCUGCCCCAUGUACCUGUCCGAGAUGUCGAGUGCCUUGCGUCGUGGCUGGCUUGUUGGUCAUCAUGCGAUCUUUUUAGUCUUUGGCUACAUGCUUUCUGCGUGGGUUGGGUAUGCCUGCUACUUCGUGUCAGGCUCCCUGUCCGGGUUCGGCUGGAGGUUUCCUUUAGCUCUGCAGUGUUUGCCUCCUUUAAUCCUAUUACUAGGAUCCCCGUGGCUGCCACGAUCGCCUCGUUGGCUGAUCUCAAAGGGCAAACUUGAUGAAGCACAACACGUUCUGAACAAACUUCGCGAAUCUCCAGAGGACCCAGAUAACUUGGUUGCUAAGAAGGAGUUCUUCCAGACGAAAGAGCAGAUUCGACUUGAGGCCGACAAAUUGGCUCAGUACGGCAAUGUAUGGAAAGCAGUAUUCAAGAAGAAAACUUACCGAAAGCGCAUGGCUAUCGGUUUUCUUACCCAGUGGGGCGCUGAAUUCGGUGGUCCUUUGAUUAUCAACAACUAUGCUGUUCUUUUGUAUACAAACUUGGGCAUGGAAGGUGGCAUGCCUCUGCUCCUGAGUGCCAUUUGGCUGACAACAGCCGGUGUGAUCUAUAACCCUCUCGGUGCCUGGCUGCAUGAUAAAGUCAACUCCCGGCGGGGAAUGUACAUGACCGGAUUUGUAGGCAUUAUUGUGACCACUUCUUGUCUGGCUGCCAUGACUGCUCAAUACGCUGGUACUACUAACAAGGUCGGAAACGGAUUUGGUAUAUUCUUCAUGUACCUGUAUCUGGCUUUCCAGGGUACAUUUUGUGACACUACCAUGUACCUCUAUGUCUCGGAGAUUUUCCCAACUGAGAUUCGUCCAAUUGGCAUGGGUUUCUCCCUGUUCGGCCAGUUUGCAGCCACAAUCAUUCUUCUGCAGACUGCUCCCAUGGGUUUCAACAAUGUUGGCUGGAAAUACUAUCUGGUCAUCAUCUGUUGGUCUGUAUGCUUCAUUCCCGUUAUCUACUUCUUCUUCCCAGAGACUGCCCGUCUCACCUUGGAGGAAAUCGCACAGAAUUUCGGCGAAGAGGUCGCUGUUCAUCUUACCGAUAAGACCGACGAAGAAAAAGCCCAACUUGAUCAUCAACUUGCUCAUUCCAGUGGAGUUUUUCAACCAUCUGUGACCUCGAGCUCUGGUAGGGAGGGCGAGAAAGAGAGUAUCUCUUCGCCGGUAGAGCAGGAUAAGUCAAACACGGCAAAAGCGGAAUAA